AUGCCUCCACGAAUACCCCUCGGGCUAACAGCUCAGUGCUGCAAGGCCUCGAUUGAGCGACCGAAUAAUUCGUCGCUCAUAGGAUUGUUUAAUGCGCUCUCAAUUCAGUCCCGUAGCGCUUCCAUUCUUGCGAACCUAUCCGACAACCCAGGCGCCUAUCAGAAACGUAUUCGUGUUGGUCGAGGUCCCUCCUCGGGAAAGGGUAAAACGUCUGGAAGGGGUCAUAAAGGUCAAAAGCAGCAUGGAAAGGUCAAGCCGUGGUUCCAGGGUGGUCAAACACCUUUGGUCGUUCAGAGGGGAAAGCUUGGAUUCGAGAACCUACGAGCGCCUGUAAUGUCUGAAGUCAAUCUCAACAAGUUACAAGACUGGAUCGAUGCCGGCCGUAUCGAUGCUACGAAGCGGAUUACGCCAAAAGAGUUGAUAGAAUCUAAUCUUGUUGGAACGAUUAAGGACGGAAUCAAGUUAUUAGCAAGGGGAGCAGAUACGCUGAAGCAGCCGAUAGAUAUCGUUGUUUCUCGCGCGUCAGCAGCGGCUAUUGAUGCAGUAGAAAAAGCGGGAGGAAAAAUCAUGACACGAUACUAUACCAAGCAGGCUAUAACGAGGUUGGUGCUGGGCAGGAGUUUUCACACCGAUAAGCCCCUACCUAUCGGCCCAGAGCAUGUACAGCCGGUCCUAGAGGAGGUCCGCCAGAAGGGGUUUUCCUACAGACUGCCGGAUCCGACAGCUCGUUGGGAUAUCGAAUAUUACCGUGACCCUGCUCACCGAGGAUAUCUGAGCCACACAUUGAAGCCUGGUGAGUCGCCAAGUUUGUACUUCAGGGUCCCGCCGGCGAAGAUCCUCAAGCGGCAGAAGAAGGAGAAGGGAACUACGCAAGAAGAUACAAAACUGUGGGACAAGCUAUAA